AGAAGACGAGGCGCCCCUCCGCUCGCUAGCUAGCUACUGCUGGGAAGUAGCGACAAAAAAUUUCAGGAUAUUAUCAUGAGUUAUGCAGAGAAGCCGGAGGACAUAACAAGGGAAGAGUGGAUGGAUAAACUCAACAAUGUCCACAUUCAGAGAGCUGAUAUGAACAGGCUCAUUAUGAACUACCUGGUGACAGAGGGCUUCAAGGAGGCAGCAGAGAAAUUCAGGAUGGAGUCUGGAAUAGAGCCGAGUGUGGACUUGGACUCCCUUGAUGAAAGAAUUAAGAUCAGAGAGAUGAUCCUGAAGGGACAGAUCCAGGAUGCCAUUGCACUGAUCAACAGUCUGCACCCAGAAUUGCUGGAUACCAACCGAUACCUCUACUUUCACCUACAGCAACAGCAUCUGAUUGAGCUGAUCCGUUUGAGGGAGACCGAAGCUGCCCUUGAAUUUGCCCAGUCUCAGUUAGCAGAGCAGGGGGAGGAGAGCCGAGAGUGUCUGACCGAGAUGGAAAGGACUUUGGCCCUGCUGGCAUUUGACAACCCAGAGGAGUCACCUUUUGGUGAUCUGCUCAAUAUGAUGCAGAGACAAAAGGUAUGGAGUGAAGUGAAUCAGUGUGUGCUAGACUAUGAAAACAGAGAGUCAACACCCAAGCUGGCCAAGCUCCUGAAACUACUGCUGUGGGCUCAAAAUGAACUUGACCAAAAGAAAGUGAAGUAUCCCAAAAUGACAGACCUCAGCAAGGGAACCAUUGAAGACCCAAAAUAAGGACCCACAGCGAAAACACACAACAGCAUUACAAAAUGGACACAUUUCCUUUAUCUAUUUAUACCCCAACAAACUGACUCCUAUAGAGUACAACCUUAUCUUUUUUUGUAAGGGUUGCUUUUUGAUACUUUAAUAACUUAGAAUGUGCAAACUGGAUUGAUGGCAUUUUAAAAUGACUUCUCACACUAAAGUAACAUGCAGACCAUUAUUUUACUUGGUAUUAUAAUUUACAUAUUUGAUUAUGUAAAAUUAGUUUACUAGUUUUUCUGUCAGUUGGCAGGGAAAGUUGUUGGCAUAGGAGGGUGUGAAUAAAGCCUAAAUUAGGCUGUCACUUUCUGUGUGUGACCACUUAGAAGGGGCUGAGUUGGAUGUGUAGGGAAAUGGUUGGCUCAGCAUGCACUGCCUCAAAUAAACACAAAUUUUUUCCUCACAUAAACAUACACACAUUUCAGCUAUUAGUCUUUUAGCUAGUAUUCUAUGUGAUGGCAGUAGCCAAAGCCAGAUUCUUGGGAUGUUUCAAACCACUGUGACUUUGAAAGUUAAACUCAGAUUUAGAUUCAUUCACAUUAUUGCUUGAGACAUUACAAAAAGAUGCUGACAUAGACAAGAUCCCAGAAAAGAUACGACUUUCAAGCUCACGGUAGCAAUUAACAAGUGAGAUGGGGCGAGAUACCUGGAAUGCUAAAAACUUUGCAGCAUACUGUGACUGUGCAAGCUUAAAGGCAGCCUCAGUUUCAUACUGUUGAAAAUAUCAGAUUAUAUUAGAAGAUGUGAACAGACAUGGGGACACUUUGACAGAUGGAUUAUUUACAUGUAUGGAAUAAGUAGCUCUUUUGCAAAAUUUGAUGUGCUUUUUUUUGCUGGGAUAUUAUUUUGCAAUAAAAGUGAAUUUUUAAACUGUGCAAGUCAUAACGAACGC